CGGCCGUCCAAUCAGAGUGCGGGAUGCUUGGCAGCGUGUGUUUGUUGCUCGUGGGGCUAGCAGCGCAGACGCGUGAGCGAGGAGACUAGCCUAGUUAGAGAGGAAGGAGCUGAAUUUGGUCAUGGAUGCCAAUAAAGGUAAAGCAGAUCAAGCGACGCCAAAUCCAGGUGGACAGAUGGGCAAAUCUGUGGUACUCCCCUUUAUGGAAAGCAUGCUUCCCAAAGCAGUGAAGAGGCGAGUGCAUGCCUUAAAGAGACUACAGGAACAGUGUGCUCACAUUGAGGCCAAGUUCUACGAAGAGGUCCACGAGCUGGAGAGAAAGUAUGCAACUCUAUAUCAGCCACUAUUUGACAAGAGAAGAGAGAUUGUCGCAGGAGCAGUUGAACCCACAGACGAGGAGUGUGAAUGGCCGAUUGAUGAGGAUGAAGAAGAUGAACUUGCCGAGGAAGUAAAAGAAAAGGUUACAAUCGAGGAUGCAAAGAAGGAGGAAGCCACGCCAGAAGAAGACCCAAAAGGCAUCCCUGACUUCUGGCUCACCAUUUUCAAGAGUGUGGACAUGCUCAGUGACAUGGUGCAGGAACAUGACGAGCCCAUCCUAAAGCACCUGAGAGAUAUUCAAGUAAAGUUUUCUGAACCAGGACAGCCAAUGAGUUUCACAUUAGAGUUCCACUUUGAGCCCAACGGCUAUUUUAACAAUGCAGUCCUUACUAAAGUCUACAAGAUGAAAUCAGAGCCUGAAGCGUCAGAUCCUUUCUCGUUUGAGGGCCCAGAGAUCAUUGACUGUGAAGGAUGUCAGAUAGAUUGGCACAAGGGGAAGGACGUGACUGUGAAAGUUAUAAAGAAGAAGCAGAAGCAUAAAGGCCGUGGCACUGUGCGCACUGUUACCAAACAGGUUCCCAACGACUCCUUCUUCAACUUUUUUAACCCUGUCAAAGCCUCACCAGAUGGAGAAAUGGAUGAGGACUCUGAGUUGAACCUAACCACAGACUUUGAGAUCGGUCAUUUCUUCCGCGAGAGAAUAAUUUCCAGAGCGGUGCUGUAUUUUACCGGCGAGGCUCUGGAAGAUGACGAGAGUUUUGAAGAAGAAGAACUGGAAGAGGGAGACGAAGAGGAACAAGACGAGGAAGGUGAUGAAGAUGACGAAGAAGGAGAAGCUGACUCCAAGGCAUAAUCAGUCAUUCUCACUCCAUGCAUUUCUAGAAAGAACAGCCUCAGCCUGCCGAAUGCAAGCAGCAGUAACCGUGGUGAUAAGGAUAAGGGGAGGUGGAGACCUGUUGUCCAUCGAAUCGGUUCUCAGCCUGUGCAUUAGAUCUCUUAACUCCUGCAGGCUCUGCCCUUUUUACAAACUCUCAUCGGAACGCAAUAGAACCCAAACCUGUGUUUUUACUAAGCGCAUGACUUCUUUUUCUACGGUCGUGCGCCAUCUCGCUCCUUUUUAUUUGGCUUCAUUUGACAUCACAGCAGGAAAGGACUCUUAAUUAAAUUACCUUGGUAUCAAAUAGGUACAGUCAAUUCAUUUUUAUUGAAUUAGAUGUCCGGUGCAAAACUCAGAACAUUAUAUGCAGGAAGAUAGAGAAGGAAUUACUCAAAACUUUAUUUUUCAUGGAAAUAGGUCAAGUACUCAGGGGUUUUUAAUGCCAACAAGUAAAUUCAGUUUACCAGGAAACUGCUGAACAAGUUAGACGUAAUUGAUCACUGGGGUUGUUUUUCUUUCUUUUUUUUGUGUUAUGGUAUUAUUUCUUAAGGCAUACAAUGCACCAUUUUGAAUUUCAUUUGCUGUUUUACAUGUUCGUUAUGUCAGUGGACUAUUUAUUCUGGUGUCAUGCAACUGGAUGGGAUGUUUCAUGGUGAGGGAAUGCUUUAAGGCAUUAAAAGCUGAUGAUUAGCUUAAACCCUGUUUUAAGCUAAUAAGUAUUAUUUUUUUCCCCUCCUUUUCGACAAAAUAUGGAUAAUGGCAAGCAGUUUUUAGGAAUGCAUUUCACUACGUUGUCUGCUCACUCCUGCCCAGGUUAACUGGGCUUAACUAGCAUUUAAGCUGAGCACAAUACUAACCAGGGCUGUGCAACAGACAUGUAGGUAUACCUCUAAUACUAGCAUACAUUUCUUUUAUCUGUUUACCCCGUCAGCCCUGAAAGGCUCUUUGAACUUACUCCAAUGUGAAAUGGUUUGACACGGACACAUUUCUCUUUUUAUUUGCCUAUUUCCUGAAUUUAAACACCCUUUGUAGUGAAGACUUGCCUCAGAGUGGGUAGAAGAAAGCAGACCCUUCAAUUUUUGUAAUAAUUUGUACGAAAUGGCUUCUUUUAUCCAUCCAUCCAUAGAGUCUGUGUUGGGAUAGGGCAGGAAGCUUGGAUCAAAUAUAAGUUCUGUUGCCAAGAAGCCAAAUGUAAAGACAAACCCUGUGGAUUUUUUUGAAAUAGUUUGCUAGUUGAGGAAUGUAAUCUAAAGCACCAUUUAAAGCUGUUAAACAUAUAUACAUAUAGAUAUAUAUAUAUAGAAUUUUUCUGUUGACGUCUAAUGGUUCGGUGGAAAUAUUCAUGGAACAGGGUGCCAAUGUAUUUUCUCUUCUGCACAUGGAUUUUGGCUAUUUAUUUGGACACGUUUGCCUGAUGACUGUUCAUCGAUCGUAGUGACAGCAUUCCCUGUUUCCUCCCCUUCCCUCUUUUUAAAAAGAACGAUUGUACAUCUCAUCGGAUGGUUCAAAGGCCACGGUUCACGUCUUCAACUCUACUCCAUCAAACCGUGCGCUGGCGAUGGCCUUAACUGGUUCUUACUCACAAUUUGUUAGUUGCGCGAUGUUUCCUUUCAAUUUGUACAGAGUUAGUUACAAAUAUUCUAUUAAAGUUGUGCGACAUGG